AUGGAUCUAGUUCAAGAUAUCCCCACCGAAUAUUUCUAUCCAAAUUUCAAUCAAAAAGAUCUUACACCUGAAGUUGGUUAUUAUCAACCUGAAACUGCUACUUUUCAACCUUCGUUUGUUGAAGAUUUUAACUUUUACCAACAACAACACUUUGAUUAUACCCCAUCUUAUGGUUCACCACAGAGUUCAUUUCAAGAAAGUUUAGAAUCCUCUCCUUCGCUUUCAGAUUAUGAACCUUCAUCUGAUGGUUAUGCAUCUUGUAUAAGUUCUGGACUUUCUUCACCAAAUCUUCCGACUGAUACGAUGUACUUUGAACAAGAGAGAAGGAAUUCUUUUGAAUACACUUCGGACUUUUCACAGAUCAAUCAAGAAACCUAUGAAAUUGAUGCACAGUUUCAACAAUUUGGCGAUUUAGCUGUUGAACCGGUUCCUUCGCUUAAACUCGACACAAACAUUCCCCCUUCAAAUGAUCAGACCUCUGCUACGGAUAAUUUUUUCUCUGAUACUACCUUUGCUCAUUGCUUAUCAGUUGAACCUCAGCCAAUGUUUAACUUGGUACCGGCAACCCCAAUCACUCCCACAAAGGCUGCUGCUAUCGCUGAUAGCCUUUACCCUUAUACAAUUCAACUUCCCCCAUUACAAUCUACUUCUGCACCUACUCCCGAUGAACAAUUAUCAACGACCAUUAGAAAAUCAGAUUCAAGUUUAUUACGUGGCAGAAACCAUUCUACGGUUUCUCAUCGGGGUCAUCGUAAAUCACUUCCAAGUGAUAUGGUAGAAAGGUUAUAUACAAUGAAUUUGGCACCUCCAAAACCUGCUCGUAAAUCUAAAGUCGCUGCACCUUUUGCUUGUCCUUACGAGGAUUGUCCAAAAACUUUUACUCGUCAGUAUAACCUUAAAAGUCAUUUACGUACUCAUACCGACGAAAGACCUUUUCUUUGUGGUUAUCAAGGUUGUAUGCGAGCAUUCGCUAGACAACAUGAUCGAAAGCGUCAUUAUAAUUUACAUUUGGGUUUUAAGCCUCACGUUUGUAGCCAUUGUGGGCGUGCUUUUGCUAGAUUAGAUGCUUUGAAUCGUCAUCUUCGUUCAGAUGGUGGUGCUCCUUGUGCUCAAGCAACUCUUCCAAAUGCUGGUGCAAAAAAAAUUUAA